UCACCAAAAAAAAAAAAAGACAUUUCAAAGCAAAGCAAAACAAAAUAGAGAGAGUGUAGUACUAUCCAUUUUGGAGAAGAAAGAAAAUAAUGCAACAGCCCUAUGUGUACGCUUACCCUCAAGGCGGUGGCUCUUCGGUUCCUUUGCCUCCACAAGCCGGAGUGAUAGUAGAUCCAAGGUACUGCUCUCCGCAAGUUUUAGAUCUGGCGAUCGUACGGAAGCUGAUGAAGAUAACGGACGGUAACUUCGUGAUAACGAAUGUGCACGGAAACCUGUUGUUCGAGGUGAAGGACCCGUUGUUUGCUCUUCACGACAAGAGGAUCUUGCUGGAUGCUUCUGGAGCUAAGGUCAUGACUUUGAAAGGGAAGAUGGUGAGCAUGCAUGACAGGUGGCAAGUGUUUAGAGGAGGGAGUACCGAGCCUGGUGAUCUGCUAUACACGGUGAAACGAUCGCAUAUGCUUCAGCUUAAGGCCAAACUUGAUGUGUUUUUAGCUCACAACACAGAGGAGAAGAGAUGUGAUUUCAGAGUCAAAGGGACUUGGCACGAGCGUUCUUGUGUUGUCUACGCCGGCGAAUCUGACACCAUUGUUGCCCAAAUGCACGAGAAGCACACGGUGCAAAGCGUUUUCUUGGGAAAGGACAAUUUCUCCGUCACUGUUUAUCCAAACGUUGAUUAUGCCUUUAUUGCCUCUCUCAUUGUCAUUCUUGUAGAAAUUGAAUAAAAUUCUUGUGUAUAAAUACGUUUGGAAAGCUAUUCUUGUAAGACAACCAAUUCUAUAUUUCUAUACGUUUCCGACAAGUAAGUUAACGUUUGUAAAGCUAUUUUUGUAAGACAACCAAAACUUGUCGACCAAGUAA